GCGCCUGCUGGAACUAUAUAACCGAGAAGAGCUUCCCUCAGGAGCAGUCAGUCAGAAAGCGCCACUUCUGCAACCACUUUACUCGCGAAACCACCCCACCCAACUCAGCCCAAACAUGUCUCUGGAAAGGCAAGUCAGACUGAAGCUCGCCGGCAAGCGCGACGCCGAGCAGGAGAAGGAGGCCAUGGAGUGGAUCGAGUCCGUGCUCGGAGAAAAACUGUUCAACAGGGGCGAGUCCUACGAAGACGUGCUCAGGGACGGCCAAGUCCUCUGCAGGUUGAUGAACAAAAUCCAGCCCGGAGCCGUCGCAAAGAUCAACAAGAGCGGUGGUCAGUUCAAGAUGAUGGAGAACAUCAACUUGUUCCAACAGGCUCUCAAGAGCUACGGCGUUGCUGACCUGGACGUCUUCCAAACUGUUGACCUUUACGAGAAGAAGGACAUUGCCCAGGUCACCACCACACUUUUCGCCCUCGGCCGCACCACCUACCGUCACCCUGAGUGGCAGGGCCCCUACCUGGGCCCCAGGCCUGCUGAGGAAAACAAGCGCGACUUCAGCGAGGAGCAGCUGCGCGCCGGCGAGGGCAUCAUCGGCCUGCAGGCAGGCCAGAACAAGGGCGCCUCACAGGCAGGUCAGAGCUUGGGCGCCACCAGAAAGAUCCUGCUCGGCAAGUGAGCAUUUCCAGCGACUCUCGUGAUGUGAAGGAGGAUGUACAAGAACCAUUCGAUGGGUGUAUGACAUUCAUAAUACGCAAUUUUUGUAAGAUUUUGAAACGGACAUACAUAUUACGAUGACUGCCUAUCUCUGUUGCUUUGUGUUUUGUCUCUUAUUAUAUAUUUUAUUGCAAGAUAGACGAGAACACACGAAAAACGUGGGUAAUUUGUAACGAAAGUGGGAAAUAAAUUUGAUAUUUAUACCUAUACGCGAAA